UCGGGGCUGGCGCCGAACGCAGAGAGCGCAGCCGGGCUCGGAGCCGAGCACCAGCAGCACACAGGAAGCCACGGCGCCCGGCCCGGGGGCGAUCGGCCCGCAGCGCCCCCGGGUCUGUCCCCGGGGCGCCAUGGCCCCACUGAGGCCGGGCGCACCUGCGGGGCUCCGGGCGCGUCGGCUGGCGCGCAGCUGAGUGGGGUGCAGCCUGUAAAGGCCGGGGCCCCCUCCGGGGCGCAGGUUGGGGGGCCGGCGACAUGGAGCCCCCGGCCGCCACCUCGGAGAGGAGCCUGUCUCUAUCUCUGCCCGGGCCCCGGGAGGGCCAGGCCACCCUCAAGCCGCCCCCUCAGCACCUGUGGCGGCAGCCGCGGACCCCGAUCCGUAUCCAGCAGCGCGGCUACUCCGACAGCGCGGAGCGCUCGGAGCCCGAGCGGCCGCCACACCGGCCCAUAGAACGCGCUGACGCCGUGGACACCAGCGACCGGCCCGGCCUGCGCACGACCCGCAUGUCCUGGCCUUCGUCCUUCCAUGGCACCAGCACAAGCAGCGGCAGCGCGGGCGGAGGCAGCGGCAGGCGCUUCGAGGCAGAAAAUGGGCCGACGCCGUCCCCCGGCCGCAGCGCCCUGGACUCGCAGGCGAGCCCGGGCCUGGUGCUGCACGCCGGGGCAGCCACCAGCCAGCGCCGGGAGUCCUUCCUCUAUCGCUCCGACAGCGACUACGACAUGUCCCCCAAGACCAUGUCCCGCAACUCAUCGGUCACCAGCGAGGCGCACGCGGAGGACCUCAUUGUAACGCCCUUCGCCCAGGUGCUGGCCAGUCUCCGCAGCGUCCGAAGCAACUUCUCGCUCCUGACCAAUGUGCCCAUUCCCAGUCACAAGCGGUCCCCACUGGGAGGCCCCACCCCCGUCUGCAAGGCCACACUGUCAGAAGAGACGUGUCAGCAACUGGCCCGGGAGACCCUGGAGGAGCUGGACUGGUGCCUGGAGCAGUUGGAGACUAUGCAGACCUACCGCUCUGUCAGCGAGAUGGCAUCACACAAGUUCAAGAGGAUGCUAAACCGGGAGCUCACACACCUGUCAGAAAUGAGCAGGUCGGGAAACCAGGUCUCAGAGUACAUUUCCACGACAUUCCUCGACAAACAGAAUGAAGUGGAGAUCCCGUCACCAACGAUGAAAGACCGAGAGCCCCAAGAAGCACCCCGACAAAGGCCCUGCCAGCAGCUUCCACCCCCAGUGCCGCAUUUGCAGCCCAUGUCCCAGAUCACGGGGGUGAAGAGGCUGUCGCACAACAGCGGCCUGAACAACGCCAGCAUCCCACGCUUCGGGGUGAAGACGGAUCAGGAGGAGCUCCUGGCCCAAGAGCUGGAGAAUUUGAGCAAAUGGGGCCUGAACAUCUUCUGUGUGUCUGAUUAUGCCGGAGGCCGCUCUCUGAGCUGUAUCAUGUACACGAUAUUCCAGGAGCGGGACUUGCUGAAGAAAUUCCACAUCCCUGUGGACACGAUGGUGACAUACGUGCUGACGCUGGAGGACCACUACCACUCCGACGUGGCCUACCACAACAGCCUGCACGCGGCCGACGUGCUGCAGUCCACCCACGUACUGCUGGCCACGCCCGCCCUGGAUGCGGUAUUCACAGACCUAGAGAUUCUCGCAGCCCUCUUCGCAGCCGCCAUCCAUGACGUGGACCACCCUGGGGUCUCCAACCAGUUCCUCAUCAAUACAAACUCGGAGCUGGCGCUCAUGUACAACGAUGAGUCGGUGCUUGAGAACCACCACCUGGCCGUGGGCUUCAAGCUGCUGCAGGAAGAGAACUGCGACAUCUUCCAGAACCUCAGCAAGCGCCAGCGACAGAGCCUGCGCAAGAUGGUCAUCGACAUGGUGCUGGCCACGGACAUGUCCAAGCACAUGACCCUCCUAGCUGACCUGAAGACUAUGGUGGAGACCAAGAAGGUGACAAGCUCGGGAGUUCUCUUGCUGGACAACUACUCCGACCGCAUCCAGGUCCUUCGGAACAUGGUACACUGUGCAGACCUCAGUAACCCCACCAAGCCGCUGGAGCUGUACCGCCAGUGGACUGACCGGAUCAUGGCCGAGUUCUUCCAGCAAGGCGACCGAGAACGAGAGCGGGGCAUGGAGAUCAGUCCCAUGUGUGAUAAGCACACAGCCUCCGUGGAGAAGUCACAGGUGGGUUUCAUCGACUACAUCGUUCACCCUCUGUGGGAGACCUGGGCCGACCUGGUGCACCCUGAUGCACAGGACAUCCUGGACACGCUGGAGGAGAACCGGGACUGGUACUAUAGCGCCAUCCGGCAAAGCCCGUCACCACCGCCCGAGGAGGAGCCCAGCGGGCUCCGCCACUGCGCCCCACCUGAGAAGUUCCAGUUUGAGCUGACGCUGGAGGAGGAGGAGGAGGAGGAGGCAUGCCUAGCCCAGGAUUCGAUGAAAACUCUGGGAUCGUUCAGGGUUGAGGAGCUGGGCAAGGUCAUGGGCCAGGAGGCCGAGACAGGGCAUUUGCCACGGGGUUUGGCUUCGGUGUGUGUGGUCCCCCCUAUGGCGCAGGAGGAAUCUGUGGAUGCUGGAAGCUGUGACCUGUCUCUUGAAAGCCCCCUUCGGCCUGCCUUGAGGACCCAGUCCACGCCAGAGGAGUCCCCGGGCCCCCCGGGCCUCCCCUCCAUGGCGGCCGAGGUGGGGGCCCAAAGAGACCAUCAGGCUGCCACGAGGGCUUGCUGCACCUGCACAGGGACAUCGUGGGAGGACCCAGCCAUCCUCCCGGUUCCCAGCGGGUGGGAGUCAGGUGGGGACCCUCCCUGAGCCGCAGCCACAGCUCGGUCACCCCAACACCCAUGACCCUCGCUCCCUACCGACCACCUCCUCCGCUGCCUCAAAGACUCUUGGCCCUCUUGAGAAAAAAGAAAACAGAAAAGUGGGGGGUUUUCUCUUUUUUUCCCCUUUCCCCCUGCCCAUACCCAUGGGGCCUUUUUUUGGAGGUGGGGGUUGGGGAGCGAGGGGGCAAGGUCCCAGAACGGAUUUUAUUUUUUAAAUUUUAAUUGUAACAUUUUUAGAAAAAGAACAAAAAUAAGAAAAAAAAAAAAAAAAAGGAUGAAACACAGCAACUGUAGAUGCACACACACACACACCCCCACGGCCCAACUCCUGGUUCCCCACUUUACACCUCCAAACCCCUCUAGUCUCCCCACCCCCCAAGGUCCAGCCUUGUCUUCCCGCCGCGGGGCUUCCUUAUUUGGACCCAAAUACAGAUGGGGGCCUCGCUGCGGGCUUUCCUCCUAAGGUUUGGGGAGCUCCAGCGCCAGCCGGAGUAGCCAUCGCGCGCAGGGCCGGCGGGCCAGGGGGUCGCAGCGGCAGCCGCUCGCCCCCACUCCCCCCAAGUCUUCCGCCUCGUGUUUGCACAACCCCAGCCAUAUCGGGGGUCGGUGGAGCUGCUCGCUUGAGGAUGCCAGGAGCGGUGGUCGGUCGCCAGGCCGCCCACCGGAAUCAGUCCUGAGCUGCAGGGAGGUCUGACCCCCGCGGCCUGCCACCUCCCUCCCCGGCACCCCCUGGUCACUUUGAAUUUUUCAGUUUGCAUUGGAGGCGGGGGACUAAAGUGGCGCAUGCGCAAAGGCGCACACGUCCCCCUAUCUCCCCCCAUUCCUGCUGCUUCCCCUCUUGUUUCUGCCUUGACCCCAGUGGCCAGAGGAGACGGGUGGCAGUGGCUGCCACCUGCACCUUGGGUACAGUGGAGCCAGGCCCAGAGUCCCCACCCCUGGCACCCACCCCUGCACCCCACAGCAGCGUCCUCCUGACCCCCACCUUGCCCGACUCCCACCCGGCCGCCCACCUCUGCCCUAGGAGGAAGCAAUAAUGGUGUACACUCACAUCCCCCAUCGGGGCACCCCUUCCCUGCCCGGGCCCGGUUCCCCUCCCCAGCUAGUCCCUGAGCAAUACGACAGGCAGAUGAAGGCCAUCUUCUCCAAGCCAUGGGGCACCGGCGGGAAGGAAGGAACCCCGACCUCUGCCCGUCCUGCGCCCCUCCAUCUGGGCCCGCAGCCGGGCCGGCAGAGACCUAGCCCCGUCUCCUUCCCCCCAACUCAGAGCACACGGUACUGUAGCCCCCUCUGUCUGUCCCCGACGGCCCUCACCCCAUAACCGCUGUACAGGGUUCAUUUUUGUAGAGAACAAAGUUUCUGUCCCAGCUGAGCCCGAAGGGGCCUUUUCUUUUCUCUCUCCCCUUGUUUUUUGUUUUUGUUUUUUGUUGUUGUUGUUUUGUUUUCCUUUUUGUACAUACUGUAAGGUUGGUUUGUAAAUUAUUCUCCAAAGGCAAAAAGGGACAUCAGCGCGCCUUUCCCCAGCUGACCAGUGGGGAAGGCGGGGCAGCCUGGCCCCUGUAUUAUACACGCUGAACCAUGGUCCCGGGAAGGAAGGGCGGCUCGCUGCGGCCGGGCAUCACAUGGUGACAUCCCGGGUCCGGCCUGAGCACAACUGGCCCCCAAAGCCUCCCCGGAAGCGGGGCCCUGGCCAGGCAAAGCCCGCCCCGUCAGCUCCCCACCCUCACUCGAUCCGUGAUCCGUCGGUCCCUCGAUCGAUAAUCAGUUCUUCAAUCUUGUCACCAUUAAACCGAGGCUUUCACCGAC